CAAAAGAAAAAUGUGGUAACAAUUUUCGGCGCAUGUGAUGUAAACAAUCAAAAAAGGAUCGAUUUCUCGAGCUUUCGACUCACACGUUCCAGACUUUUGGCACCGACCGACCAUGAAUUGAAUUUCUUGUCGAUAAGAAACAAGCAGCGCACCUAAAAUGUCGAUUUUUCGUAACAAACUGAUCCUCGCAAGUAGCGCCAUCGGAACGCUGAUCGGCGGCACGGUGCUACUGAAGGACUACAUGCAGGGUGCCAAAUUCCAAAACAAGGAAGUUCGGGCCGAAGGGAAGGUGGUCAUCGUGACUGGCGCCAACACGGGCAUUGGCAGGGAAACGGCCCACUGCUUGGCGCAUCGCGGGGCGCACGUGUACAUGGCAUGCCGGGAUAUGAAAAAGUGCGAAGAGGCUCGCCAGGACAUUGUGGUGGAAACGCGAAACCCGAACGUGUUCUGCAGGGAAUGUGAUCUCGCUUCAAUGCAAUCCAUCCGGCAGUUUGUGAAGCAAUUCAAGUCCGAACAGCAGCGGCUCGAUAUUCUGAUAAACAACGCCGGCGUCAUGCGCUGCCCGCGCUCACUGACCAAGGAAGGGAUCGAGAUGCAGCUGGGUGUGAAUCAUAUGGGACACUUUUUGCUCACCAAUCUGCUCCUUGACAACCUGAAGCUGAGUGCUCCGAGCCGAGUCGUCGUUGUGUCCAGCCUGGCGCACACCCGUGGCCAGAUUGCGCUGGAUGAUUUGAACAGUAGCAAUUCAUACGAUGAGGCCCGAGCGUACGACCAGAGCAAGCUGGCGAAUGUCCUCUUUACGCGCGAAUUGGCCCGUCGACUAGAAGGAACGGGCGUCACGGUGAAUGCCUUGCAUCCGGGAAUCGUCGAUACGGAUCUGAUGCGACACAUGGGCAUCUUCAAUAGCUGGUUUUCGAGCGUCUUCGUGAAACCUUUCGUUUGGCCAUUCCUCAAGUCGCCGCUCUACGGUGCACAAACGACGCUGCACGUGGCACUUGAACCGUCGCUGGAAAAAGUGAGCGGUCAGUACUUUAGCGACUGUGCCCCGAAGGAUGUAGCCGAGCAGGCGAAGGACGAUCGGGUAGCAAAGUGGCUGUGGGCGGUCAGCGAGAAGUGGACUGGCACCCUGACCGGUACGGCGGCCGUUUCCUGACAGCGGAUGCUACGUAUGAAUAACAGUAAGGAUAUUGUUAUUUUUACGUCGCCUGAGCAAACCGCCGCUGGCGCCCAACAGCUCGAUCCUCGAACCUCGUACGAAUGAUCGACGACCGGUAUCGGAAUGUUCCCAUACUAAGCCACACAACGCGUCGCUUCUAAUCGAACAAGUUUUUCCUUCUUUGGGUUCGCGUGUUCGUGGUGGCGCAACAAUACAUAUACCUUACUGCCAUCGGAUUGAGCUUUUAUUGAUUUACA